AGGCACGACUGUUAUCUAUCAUCUCAUCAUAUCUUCCAAAUUUAAUUUCCUUUUCUAAAGCUUCACAAAACUCAUGAUCAGAUUGCUUUUUCUCUGGAACUCAAAAUGAAGCUAGAAGACUUACUUGUGGAAGAUGAAACCAAAGAUCAACAUAGCGUAGCAGCUUUUCUUGAUCAUCAUCGCCGUCAACACCGCCAGCAAUUGCAGCAACAACCAGCAGAACCGAAGGAUGACAAGAGCGAAGAAGAGAAGAAUAGCUUACUGAAAAAGAAACAAAAACGUCGUCUUCAAAGAGAUGUGAUGAAAAUGCAAGGAGAGCUAGAGGACGAGCAAGCACUCAACAAGGCUUUACGUGACAUGCUUCGUGGUCCAGUCAUGUCUCAGCCUCGUCUCUCUUUACUGCUUCUUCCUCCUCAGGCAAAGCUAAUAGAGGAGCUUGCAACGGUUGAGGCAGAGAUACUCUGCCUUGAGAAACGAAUCCAAGACUUGAAACUUGAUGUGUAUAGUGAGAAAAAAGAGAAUGAAGAGCUUGAAGCCAGUAUUGACGAAGGAGAAGAGAGGUUGAUGACUCCUAAGAGGCUACUACAAAGGCAGAAUCAUCUUCCUUGUGACGCUGACAAUGACAUUACGAAGAUGAGAUCUGAGGAUCUAAAACAAAGGUCCAAGUCCCAUAGUUAUGGAGAUCAUCGUGUUGUCAAGGAAAUUCAAACGAACAGUCCUCGUACUCAUGCUUCAAUUGGAUCAGCCGUGGAGUUCUCAUCAAGAAUCCAUUCUUCGACUUUUUCCGAUGGAACAUCAAGAGCAUUAGAGAAGAAGAAAGGGCGGGAGACGACACCAAAUGGAGUGUCGGAAGAUCUGGUGAAGUGCUUGAUGGGAAUAUAUCUGGAACUCAACAAGUCAUCGCGGGAGCGAGAAGGGUCAAGAACGGUUUCAAAGCUGAGCCUCUCACAUCUGAAGAACGCUUCUUUCAAACGCAAGUCGGUGUACGAUCAAAACGCAUCAAAUCUUGAUCCUUAUGGAGCUGUGAUGGGGACUUCUCUCAGAGACAUUGGAGAGUACAAGAACUUCAUCCACAUCACUCGAACCUCCAUCGAUGUUAGCCGUUUAUCCGACUGCUCAACUUCUCUUGUCAAUUUGGGGGUUUUGAAAGAGAAGUUGAGCAAAGUCGAUUUGAGUUUCUUGAAUCACAAGAAAAAGAUGGCUUUCUGGAUCAAUACCUACAACGCCUGCGUCAUGAAUGGAUUCUUGGAACACGGACUACCUUCAUCAAAGGAGAAACUACUGACUAUUCUAAAAUUGGCAACAAUUGACGUGGGAGGAACGCAACUGUCUGCUCUAGAUAUAGAAGGAUCCAUCUUGCAGAGUCCAUGCGAACCUAGGGAAACUAAGGUUCCAACUGGUGAAAGCGAAGCAAGAUUACAGAAACGGUACGGAUUCAGAUGCGUAGAACCGAAUCUAAUGUUCGUGCUUUGUCGUGGAGAUUGGUCUUCGCCUGCAUUGAGAGUAUAUACAGCAGAAGAUGUGGUAAACGAACUAAUCAAAGCAAGAACAGAGUAUUUAGAAGCUUCCAUAGGAAUCUCGGGGAGGAAAAAGAUCGUGAUUCCGAGAUUCUUGCAUAAGCGUUUGCGAGAUUUCGCGGAGGAUGAAGGGUCAUUAGUCGAAUGGAUAUGCAGCCAACUACCACCAAUACAACGUUGCUUGCAGCUAAAGGAAACAGCGAUCGAGUGGUUGAACAAGAAAAGUGAGUCUCCUUUGAACAAAUUGGUAGAAGUGAGGCCUCACGAGUACGAGUUUCGCUAUCUCUUGCCUUUGUAAAUCUAAUCCUCGACUUUGGUAUUUGGAGCAUGAAACAACGUUGUUCUAUGUGUGUGUGUAAGAAAAAUAAUUUGAAAAUCGUGUCACCAACUCAUAUACAAAACCAGAGGCUUGAGGAUGGUUGACAAAGUGAUGAUUUUG